ACCUUCUCUUCGAAUUUAGAGAAGGGCAUUAUCGAAAAAUAUAAUUCGAAACGAAACGGUUCAUGUUGGUUACCUAGCAACGUUAUGUUUGGCCGUUGAGAAGUAAACAGUUCCUUUACAUAUUUCUAAUCAACAUCACACAGUAAAACGUAAAAUUCUUUGUCGAGCACAAAAAGAUUCCCAAAAUGAGUACAAUGAACAGUUUCAACUACAGCGAAGCCGCUGACAUUUAUUCCGGAUUUCAAUCGAACACUCCGGAACUGUAUGAUUACGACAGGGAUCACGAUGAGGCCUAUCAAAGUGCUUUGAAGGUGUCCAGUUAUGGAAAACGCAUUGCAACACCGAAAUACGAUAAUGGUCGUGGUGAAACGGCAUCCCGUUUGAUACGGACCAGCGACAAGCCAAUCAACCGACCGUCAACAGCUUUUCGUCCCGUGGGCUAUACAUCUGAGGCUGGUCGCCUGUUCGAUCCAAUGAUGCAACGAAUUGCGCCUGCCAGGAAAACAGUUGUGAUGGAGCAAAAGAAACCAGGUGAUUUAACGGAGGAAAAGUACAAAGGACUGGAGAGUCGAAUUCUGAAUUUAUUGGAAGAGUCGAUACUGGACAGUACUGGAAAUAGUCCCGAUUUGACGGGCAGCUUAAAUAAGGCGAAGGAGGCAUCGUCCCUGGAUAGAAUAUUGCUGAGAUUGCGAGAUCAGAAUGGUGGUAGUUCGGCACACAAUUUCGAUUUAACAUUUUCGGUUCUGUUUAAUUUGGCGAACAUCUACGCCAAAAACAACAUGUUUGUGGAGGCCUUGAACACUUACACGUCUAUGACAAAGAACAAAUUGUAUCCGAACGUAAAUCGGCUGAAGAUUAACAUGGGAAACAUCUACUUUCAACUGGGAAUGUUUCCCAAGGCAAUUAAAAUGUAUCGCAUGGCCUUGGAUCAAGUUCCCGGCAAUCAGAAAGAGCUGAGACUCAAGAUCAGUCACAACAUUGCAAUAUUUUUUAUCAAGAUGGGUCAAUAUUCGGAUGCGGCGAACAGCCUUGAAUUCAUCAUGUCCGAGAGGGCUGAUCUGGUCAGUGGACUGCACUUGAUUCUUUGCUAUUACGCGUUGGGCGACACUGAAAAAAUGAAGCGAGCGUUUCAACUGCUGCUGGAAGUUCAAAUCGACUUUGAGGACGAACAUAAAUUGGCUAACUCCAUCAAUGGUCCCAAUCAGCAGUACAUCUUAGACAUUGUCAAAAAGGACGAACUAUUCGUGUUGGAAAAUGAAAAGAAGAAGCUAGCUGCUAAGCAUAUUCUCAUGUCGGCGAACCUCAUAUCUGGCGUUAUCGAAGAAAAUUUCAACGAGGGGUACACUUGGUGCGUCGAAAUUAUAAAGAAUUCGAGCUACCCAACUCUAGCAAAUGAACUGGAAUUGAAUAAGGCGAUUAUGUACCUGAAACAGCAUGAAGUCACCCAGGCCAUCGACACCUUGAAGUAUUACGAGAAAAAGGGACACAGCGAUGCCGUCAUAAAUCUGACCUUCAUCUACCUCCAGAUGAGGGACAUGCAGAAUGCCAACCGAUAUGCUCAACUCUGCCGCGAAAUGGACUCCUACAAUCCGGCUGCUUUCAUAAACAGUGGAGCUUGUGAGAUAGUCAACGGAAACGUAGAACUAGCAAAGACAUAUUUCGAGUCUGCAUUGGAAAUCGAUGCAAUGUCCUUCGAGGCAAUUUACGAUUUGGGAUUGGUGUGCAAGAAAAUGGGAGAUUUUGAAACGGCAUUCAAGUAUUUCCGAAAAUUACAUGCCACCGCCGCCCAUAGUCACCAUUCUCACGUCAUUUAUCAAUUGGCAAAUUUGCAUGAGCUGACCAGCGAUACGAGUGGUGCCCUGGAAUGGUAUGUACAAUUGCUCGGAACGAUUCACAUGGAUCCGGGUAUAUUCCAGAAGAUUGCGGAAAUGUCCGAGGCAGAAGGUGACCGUCAGCAAGCCUACCAAUAUCAGAAUGAAUCGUUCCGUGCUUAUCCGUCUAAUUUACAAACAAUUGCCUGGCUGGGCUCUCAUUACAUUGAUUUACAAGUAGCCGAAAAGGCAAUUGUUUACUACGAGAAAGCUGUGUUGGCCAAUCCAAACGAUGCGUACUUCCUAUUACGCAUUGCUGGAUGCUUUCGACGGAUCGGAAACGCUCAAAAAUCGUUGAAUUUAUUUCAAAACAUUUUGAAACAAUUCCCGGAUAACGUAGACUGCUAUCGCGCUUUAAUCCAUCUGACACAAACGCUCAACAUGGACGAUCUGUACCAAAAGUACUUGUCGGAAUUCCAGAGAAGUGAGAAGUUAAAGGAAACCCGACAACGCAUUGGCAGCAGUCGUCCAACGACAUCGUCUAGUGCCCAGAAAAAGCGUCACAGUGGUCGACGAACAUCGCUGAAAUACCCUUCUUCGGAACCGACAAACAGUUCGUCGAAUCCGUCGAGUCAUGUGGAACGAAAUCAGACAACAGAUCUGGUGUUGACCUCUUAUGCGGAUCCGUUAGGCUCACCAGCCGAACGUCCGAGAACUGGACGGCACGCAUCAUUCAAAGAAGAAUCAGACGAAGAUCUCGAUGCCGACGAAUUGUUGCCACUAUAAGUCGACGAAUUGAAAUUGUUAACAAAAAAGACGACACGUUCCGUUUCACUAGAGCAUUUUUCAAUAAAUAUCUUAGAUUACAGUAAA